AUGGCUACAAAAGACCCCACAGCUGUAGAGAGAGCAAACUUGUUAAACAUGGCUAAACUGAGUAUCAAAGGACUCAUUGAAUCUGCUCUCAGCUUCGGCCGCACUUUGGAUUCUGACUACCCCCCCUUGCAGCAGUUCUUUGUUGUUAUGGAACAUUGUCUGAAACACGGUCUUAAAGUAAGAAAAUCAUUUUUGAGUUAUAAUAAAACUAUCUGGGGUCCUUUGGAACUGGUGGAGAAGCUAUACCCAGAAGCAGAAGAAAUAGGGGCCAGUGUCCGGGAUUUACCUGGUCUUAAGACCCCCCUGGGUCGGGCACGAGCAUGGCUUCGUUUAGCCCUCAUGCAGAAGAAAAUGGCUGAUUACCUUCGUUGCUUAAUUAUUCAAAGGGAUCUCUUGAGUGAAUUCUAUGAAUAUCAUGCACUAAUGAUGGAAGAAGAAGGAACAGUAAUUGUUGGGCUGCUGGUUGGCCUGAAUGUGAUAGAUGCUAAUCUGUGUGUGAAGGGAGAGGAUUUAGACUCACAAGUUGGAGUGAUUGAUUUUUCCAUGUAUUUAAAGAAUGAAGAUGAUAUUGGAAAUAAAGAAAGGAAUGUUCAAAUUGCUGCCAUAUUAGACCAGAAGAAUUAUGUUGAAGAAUUAAAUAGACAACUAAACAGCACAGUCAGCUGUCUCCAUUCAAGAGUUGAUUCAUUGGAAAAGUCAAAUACUAAGCUGAUUGAAGAGUUAGCAAUAGCAAAGAAUAAUAUCAUUAAACUUCAAGAAGAAAAUCAUCAAUUACGAAGUGAGAAUAAGUUGAUUUUAAUGAAAACACAGCAGCACUUAGAGGUUACCAAAGUGGAUGUGGAAACGGAGCUUCAAACAUACAAGCAUUCUCGGCAGGGGCUGGAUGAAAUGUACAAUGAAGCCAGAAAGCAGCUUCGAGACGAAUCGCAGCUGCGACAGGAUGUGGAGAAUGAGUUGGCUGUACAAGUUAGUAUGAAGCAUGAGAUCGAACUUGCCAUGAAAUUGUUGGAGAAAGAUAUCCAUGAGAAACAAGAUACUUUGAUAGGCCUUAGACAACAACUAGAGGAAGUUAAAGCAAUUAACAUAGAGAUGUACCAAAAGAUGCAGGGUUCCGAAGAUAGUUUGCAAGAAAAAAAUGAAAUAAUUGCCCGACUAGAAGAAAAAACCAAUAAAAUUACUGUAGCCAUGAGGCAGCUGGAACAAAGAUUGCAGCAAGCAGAGAAGGCCCAACUGGAAGCUGAAGAGGAAGAUAAGAAAUAUCUACAAGAAUGUCAGAGUAAAUCCGACAGUCUGCAGAAACAAAUCUCUCAAAAGGAGAAACAGCUGGCACAACUGGAAACUGAUUUGAAGAUUGAGAAGGAAUGGAGGCAGACUUUGCAGGAAGAUCUUCAAAAGGAAAAAGAUUCCUUAUCUCAUCUUAGAAAUGAGACCCAACAAAUCAUUAGUCUUAAAAAAGAGUUCCUUAACCUCCAGGAUGAAAAUCAGCAGCUGAAAAAAAUAUAUCAUGAAAAGGAGCAAGCUCUUCAAGAACUUGGCAACAAACUUAGCGAAUCAAAACUUAAAAUAGAAGAUAUAAAAGAAGCCAACAAAGCAUUGCAGGGACUGGUUUGGUUGAAAGACAAAGAAGCAACACAUUGUAAGCUCUGUGAAAAGGAGUUCUCACUCUCUAAGAGAAAGCACCACUGUAGAAAUUGUGGGGAAAUUUUCUGUAAUGCUUGCUCUGACAACGAACUGCCUUUGCCUUCUUCACCAAAGCCAGUACGGGUUUGUGAUUCCUGUCAUGCGUUGCUGAUUCAGAGAUGCUCAUCUAACUUGCCAUAA